AUGCAAGACCAGAGGAGAGAUAAAGGCGAAGAUAAGCCUGUCGCGGGUGCGCAUCGCGAAUACUUGGACGAGGAGUUUAGCAGCGAGGACGAGGCGCCCGAGGAGAAAAGAGAGCGCCGCGACGGCCGACGCGCCCAGCUCGACCAAUUCAGCGGGAAUUCACCGAGAGCCACGUACAGCCAGAAAGAACUCGACAAAUUAGUUGAUCGCGUGAAAAAGCUGACGACGCUCGGCGGCCUGCGCGACGAGCACUGGAACGACGACUGCCUGGCGGUCGUCCGCGAGUUCGUCGGCAACAGCGGCGCGGCCAUCCUCACCCUCUUCUUCGGCAGCGACUCCGAGCUCCGCGCCCGACUGUCCGUGCCCGACGAGCCCGUGCGCGAGCUCGCGUACUUCUCCAGGAAGCCCGGCCAGCUGCUCCGCCCGGACGGCUUGUCCGACCAGCUUCUCUUCGGCACCAUCAAUGGCAACGUCGAGCUUGCCAUUCUCAUCUUGCUCAGAGACGUCAUUUUCCCGGUGUGCCGGACAGGCAGCGCGUCCUGGUCCGACAGCAUGCAUUGUUCGUGCAAGUUCCUGAACCGCUAA